GAACAGAAAUCUAGUUACCUUGACAAUUUAUUUGAAUGGACAAGUUAUGGGGGGAAAACAAUUGGAAUACCCUAUCUCUCUGCUGAUGUUUAACAUGCAAACCAGAUCUUCUGCGUACAAAGAGAAUAUUUAAAAGGUAACUGAUUCUAAGGUCUGGAAAAAGAAAAAUUAUCUGGAAAAACCAAAGAAACAAUAAAAUAUAACCUUAAAUUAGCUCAUUCGGCCAUGUUGCCAACAUACAGAAAACAAAAUUUGCUUCAGAAGUCUUUACAUUCAGAUGAUAAAGAAAUUGUUGCUUUACCUCCAAUUCAUAAGCAACCAAUGGAAAAUGUGACAAAUCCUUCCAGCAACUUGAAUCUCCAAAAAUGCACUAGUGAUAUGCUCCAUGAAAUGUUUUUAUCACCACAUAUUUCAAAGUCUCAAAAACAUGUAUACAAAGAUAUGUGCUCAAAAUGGACUGGGAAACAAAGAUGCCACUGGAAUAUUCCAUAUGUAAACAUAACUGAAGAAAUAGACAUGAAAGUGAAGAAGCACUUAAAACAUCAAAUGUAUUUUCGUUUUGCUAAAAGACUGAAUCGCCCUUUAAGCAAUAAAAGACACCUUUAUAAUACAGAGACAUUCAUUAUGAAGCAGGAAGGAGAUGGUACAGGUCAGGUCAAAAGUUACCAUCCAGCUGUCAAUAUUUGUUCAGAGGAGCCUCUGGUUAGAGACAAAAUCUCUGAACUCACUGAAAAUUCCAAAUACAAGACAAAAACACAAAAAUCAAUGCAAAAGUACAGAGAGCUCCCCCAAAGACAAACAAGUGGUGACUUUCUUCAUUUGGAAGAAAAAGACACAAUCCAGGAAAAGAAAUUCAACAGAAGAAUAAUAUAUUUAUCCAGAAGCACACUUUCAGGCUCUCUGCAGUUCUCAGACAUAAAUGGAUCAGAAGAGAAUGAAGCAGAAAAGGCUGUUCACAAGGGUUACUCUUUUUUGACUACCUCUCAUCUGAAACCCCAGCCAGAAGAAACUAAAUCCCAUAGCAUUUUUCUAAUGGAAACCCUGAAUGCCACGAAUGAUAUAAUCUGUUGUCAGAAGAGUCUAGCAGACACAAAACCAAGCAGGGAUGUAGUGAGAGGACGAAUCCAUUUGCCCUGCUUAACCAGAAAGCAAAAGUUUAUGAUCUAUAUCUGCGGAGGUUAUCAAGAUUCAGAAGUAGAACGAAAUGCAUUAAUGGAGAAAUCCUUCCCAUGGCUAUACAACUACUGUAAAAAGAGAGGUUAUGACUUCCAUGUAUUUGAUCUAAGGUGGGGAGUAAAAGAUGGUAUUACUAAUGAUCAUCAAAUGGCUUCUCUACAUACAAGGAUAUUAAAGAAAUGCCAGAAAUUGGGAUUCCAAACCUUUAUCGUUUUUAUUGGCCAGAAGUAUGAUGAUCUCUCUCUUCCAGAAAUAAUAGGCAAGGAAAUUUUUGAGUUAAUUAAAGCCACGGUGAUACGUAGGAAGCUGAAUAUCAAAACAUCAAAGUACAUACCACCUGCUGAUUUGAAAGAUGAAAUCAAAGUAGAGAGAAAUGAAAGUCAAGGUGAAAUUGUUCAGGAUUUUCAGGAUCCUGAUGCAAUGGAAGAGUUUGAAGCUGAGAUAAGCAGCCAGAAAGAACAUGAAGUGAUUAAUUCAAAUGAAUUGGAUCUGCUUAAUACUUCUCUACUCACCCAAAAGACUGUAGCUGAAUACGAGAAAGAACUUCAGCUUUUGAAUCAAUGGUACAAGUUGGAUGAAAACUGCAUCCCUGCAGUUUACAAGCUUCAACCUAUUUGCACAGUGCACAGAGAUAUCUUCAGUAAAGAUCCAAGUCGCAGACAGCAAGCUAAAAGCAAAUGGCUGGAAUCUUUCCAGAAACUGCAUAAGAUACUUCAGGAAUAUGCUACAAUUGUUCUUGGUCAAGAAGAUGCAGCCAUGCUGCUUAGAACAACUCUGCAGCAGGAAGUGAAUCAAGGAUUCCAAGUCCAAGGAACACGUGAGGAUCACUGUCACUGCUUCAAAAGAAAUAUAACUGACCUACAAUGCCAUCUGUCAGAUCCCCAGGCAUCUAAAUAUAUUGACAUCCACCCACUAAAACUAGAAGUGAACAAAACUAUUAAUGAGGAACAUCAAAACUUUGUGAAGAGCAUUCAUUCUGGGCUUCGUCAUACAAAUAUUUACAAGAAGAAUGUUAGCUGGGGAAAAGGGGGCAUCAAUCCCAACAGGAACAGGUCCCAUGCCUACUACCUAGAAUGCCUUUGCAAUGACUUUCAGAAAAUUGUUGUUAAUCAUUUCAACAGAAUCAUCAGUUCAGAAGGAAUGCCAGAAAGACUAUGUACUAAAAGAAAACAAGAAUUUAACAUUCUUAAUGAUGAAGAGAUUCUGGAACACAUUCAGCAUUAUCAGGCCUUGAUUAAAAGUAUAAAAGGAAGACAAAUCUUCUUGAUCAAGCUGAAGAAUCAGGUUACAUCUUUAAACAGAAAAGUAACUGUUGUUUGUGGUGUAGCAGGAUCUGGAAAAAGUGGGAUCAUUGCAGAAGUAGCUUCUUUGGCUUCAAACUGGAUUUCUGGGAAUCUCAGAGUUGUGCUUCGAUUUAUUGGUAUAACUGGAGAAAGCAGAAAUGUCCGACAGCUGCUUCUGAGUCUUUGCUACCAAAUAGCUGACAUUUAUAAUGUUUCUGAUACUUUAUCUGAGGAUUUUGAGGGACUGGUAGAAGAAUUUUCCUCUCUGCUGGAAUUUGCUACACAAGACAAGCCACUCCUAAUCUGCCUGGAUAGUAUAGAUGAAUUAUCAGAGGACUAUGGUGCUGACCUUUCUUGGAUACCACCUGAAUUACCAAAGAAUGUACAUUUUAUUGUUUCUACUUGCUCAGAAUCAGAUAUUUCAUGCAUAAGAAAACUGGAGAAAAUCACCUUGAAAGAACAUUUUUUUCAAAUACCUCCUUUAACAUUUGAAGAAAUCAAUGAAAUUAUCACCUGCUGGCUCGAAAAGGAUCAUCGAAGACUUUCUCAAUAUCAGUUCAAUUAUUUAAUGGAAGCAUGCAAAGCCUGUCCAUUGCCACUUUACUUAUACUGUGCUUAUAAGGAAUCCUGUUUAUGGACAUCUUUCAGCCCAGACACAGAGGUGUAUCUCCCUCAAAGUAUACCUGACAUGUAUUCUUGGAGGCUGAGCAGAAUGGAAAGAUCUCAUGGAGAACAAAUUAUACAAAGGAUGGCAGCUUAUCUGACACUUUCAAGAAAUGGCAUCACUCAGGAAGAAUUGCUCAACCUCAUGUCAAUGGAUUGUGUAGUCAUUCAAGAAAUAAAUAAAUUCCAAAAAAGCUCAGUGUCAGCAUUUCCACUAGUGUUAUGGCUGAAAUUUUUAGAUGAUCUUGGAGAUGAUUUGAGAGAGCAAAGAACUGAUAACACAUAUGUUUUUACUUGGACUCAUACAUCUUUAAAGCAUGUGUGCAUGCAAAGAUACCUGAAAUCACAAGAUUCCCAAAUAUCACUACAUGCUAUCUUUGCUGACUAUUACCUGGGUCGAAGCUCACAGGAGUUCAGGAAGUGCAAUGAGCCAUCAAUAUUUCGGCCUCUGGCCUGGACUCUGAAAAAAGGAUCCAAGACUAGCUACAACUUCAAUGUCCGUAAAAUCUUUGGGGCUCCAUAUCAUCUCAUCAGAUCAAAAAAUAUUGCUGUUCUGAUUAAAGAAUGUCUCUUUAAUUAUGAAUUUCUUUUGUACAAAUCCUGGGCCUCGUCAAUUGUCAGUAUUGAAGAAGAUCUAGGAGCAGCUAUUAAUGCUGACAGGACUAUACCUGACUUAGCCUUAUUAAGUGAGACUCUUAAAUUGUCCAAGAGGGUUUUAAUAAAAGAUCCAUGCCAGAUGGCUUCACAGCUGAUAGGCCGUCUUCAUCAGAUUGUUGCAGCUGAUAUACCAGUAGCACCAGGUGAUCCAAAAAAAUACCUUUACCUGCCAGUUCUUUUAUCCCAGUGUCAGAAAUCUUCUAUUCCUGUUCUUAUACCUUCAACCUCUUGCCUUAUAGCUCCUGGUGGACUUCUCUGUGAUCUUUUGAAAGGUCAUUUGGACAGAAUUACAGCAAUAGCAGAAACCCAGAAACAGCUCGUAGCUGCAACAGUUUCCAGGGAUGGUAUUUUGAAAAUGUGGGAUUUGACUCUUGGCAAAGCGGUCUUCACUCUACAUGAAAUUGGGAAAAAUAUUAGUGCUAUCACAGUAUGUCUGAACAACAGGCUGGUUGCUGUGUCUGACAAGACCACUAUUAAAAUUUGGGAUCUUUCCUUGCAAAAAGUGGUGUACAGUUCUGGUGAGUUUUUGGAUACACCAAUACUAACAUCUUCAAUGAAUGGACAACUUCUGCUGGCUUUUUUUAGCGGGAUCCACAAAAUUCAGGUUUUUGAUCUUGUUCAUUCAUGCCAACUGCUCCAUGAAGUCUACCUUUUUUCUGAAGAAGCUCCUAUGCACAAGACUCAUUCUCUACUAGUAUCAAAGAACUCAGUAAAAGAUUAUGUUCUGUGUGCGUAUAGAAGUGCAAGCGAAGCAAUGGUUUUCAGUGGCAAAAAGGGAGAAGUAGUUGCUAAACUGAAAAGCCAGGAACCAAUGGCUGCAGCUGAGGGGGUGGCUAUCACUAAAGAUUAUUUUCUUGUGAUCUUCAGGUGCCCUUUCAUACGAAAGCAAGAAAUUGUUCUUAUAGAGCUCUACAAUGUCCAUACUUUUGCUUAUGCUCAUAGUCUGAAGGGAUGCUGCAAUGAUUAUAUUCACACUUUUGCUGUAAAUCGUUUGGGAUCUCAUCUUGUGGCAUUCAGCCCUAUUCCAAAUACUGGUAUUACUGAGAUAGUAUCAUGGAACUUGGAGUCUGAAGACCACAAACACUUGGCUAAAUUUCCUUCAGUACUUGUUGAUGGUAUAUGCUCUGACCUUCGAUAUUGUUUAGCAUUCUGUGAUGGAGAUAAUUACCUUCGAUCCUGGAACUUGGCUUCCAAGAUCAAUGACCAGUCUUUGACCGUCACUGCAAGCAACACAAAGAAAACAAAUGGUAUUCAGGAUAUUGUGACAAUGAAAAACUAUCCCAGGUAUGCUGUGUGCCGAAACACAAGUCCGGGAGUCAUAGCAGUAUGGAAUAUUGUAAAAUCCAAAUGUAAACACAAUGCGGUGCGGGUGGAAAGAGGGCUGGUAGAGAACACAGACAUUGUACUGGCGAGAGACAUGAAACUUUAUAUACUUACAGGCAAGGGAAUAGCUUCCUUUGCAGAUCCUCCAAGAUCAAUUUUCCAGACACUGUUUGUUUAUGAUCUCCUGAAAAAGAAGUACAUCAAGAAGCAGAGUGGGCUUUACAUAAUUCCUUGUCCAAAUAAUGAAUACAAGUUGCUAGAAGGAGGCCUUCUACUUGGUCUUUCUGAGAACAGAGACCAUUUUGUUACUUGGAACUUGGAGACAGGACUUAUUAAGGAUCGAUUAAGACCAGAAUACAAAGAAAAUUUUGUCUUGCAAUCUACUCAAUCUACUACCCAUUCCUCAUUCAAAGAAAACAUGAAGAGACCUAAAGGAGUUUUGUGUAAAGAAAAAACAGCAUUAUGGCAUCCCUGGGAAAAGCGAAAUGAAACCAAUACUGGAAAGAAAAAGAAAAAAGAAAAGGCAUUAAAACUGGAGGUGGAGACAUUACAAAAACUAGCUAAAGAAAAGAACAAUACUAUUGAUCAGUUCCUCCUAAGUGGAGAUGAGAAGAUAGCUGUGUGUUCCUAUUAUGCACAUCAUCUGUCAGUAUUCAGUUUGGAAACCAUGUCCUAUCGCCAUACACUUGAGAGCAAUGAAUCAAUGCUUUUUUUAUAUAAUGCUACAUUAACAUAUACUGGGCAUUAUCUAGUGCUUUCCAAUUACAAUGAGGAGGAAAAAAUCAGCUAUGUAACACUAUGGAAUUUAAUCACAGGAAAGGUUAGAAAAAGAUUAAAAAAUGAGCCUAAUGUCUGCUGUACAGCCAUUACUGCAGAUGGCAGUAGGAUCAUUUUCGGAGUGAUGGUGGAUAAUCUGAUUAAAAUUUGGGAUCCAUUUAAGCAUAAACACAAAUUAAUGCAAGGUUAUGAAGGUCUUGAUAUGACUGUGAAUAGCAAAUUGCACAUAUUAGAUGGAACAAAGGCAAUUCUACUUGCAGGUGAGGUCAGUUUCUGGGAUUUGGAGAAUGGCACAGUUAUAUCCAUCUUUACAUUUGAUAGCAAAAUCUCUUGCAUGACUGUUGCCUGUGACAAAAAGACAGUUCUUUUAGGGUUGAGCAACAGCUCUACUCUUACCACUUUAAAAAUGAUGAGCAUAAACACUGCUGAAAAUUCAAUAGGAAAAGAUUUUUUUGGAGAAGACUCAUCAAGCAGUGAAGAAGAACAUGAAAAUAUUUAAAAGAGAAUUUGAACAAAAUAAAAUCAAGCAUAAAAAAAUGAAACUUGACAUAGUUUAAAAAGCAACUGCACAUAAUAUCUAAAAGAAGACAAUAAGCAAUUUGCGCAUGACAUAAAAAGACAAUAAAUACUAAUUCUCCUACCUGUAAAUUAAUUCUCCCUUCUCCCCAAUAAUUAUCUGCAAGUCUAAGGAGGAGAAAGAUACAACUGAUAAUGUAGAAAAGCAACUGAAGAAAAUGAAACUUUGCUGCCACCAGCUUUGCCUUUCCCUUAGCCCCAUACAGUAUUGUAAAAAAUUAUGCAAGAUAAGAACCUUUCAGUCUCUACUCCCCAUGUAAAAAAGGAGUCAGGAAACUAAAGGAAAAUCCCAUGACAGAAGCAGCUCUUCACUGAAAGGAAUGCAAGGACCACUUUGACAAGUCAUAAACAUAAGAAUUACUGAACUCAUUACCAUUCUGCAGAGAAGGGAGAAUGAGAAAUCUCCAUACAUUAAGGAUAUAUUCCAUAAUUUAGAUACCUGGAUUUUUGGUUUUUUGUGGUGAUGGGUUUCUCUAGGAUUUGUUGGAGAAGUCUGCUUAUUUUAAUCUUCCAGUUUUUGAGACAUUUUAAUUUUAGCCAAAGCAUAGAAACAGGAUGAGUAACAAUUUAAUUAUGAAGUUAUAUUUAGAGAACAUUAUAUAUAUAUAGCAAUAGCAGACCAGUUCACAGUGCUAAGUGGUUCACAGAGUCAGCAUAUUUUCCCCAACAAUCUGGGCCCUCAUUUUAUUGACCUCCGAAGGAUGGAAGGCCGAGUCAACCUUGAACCUGGUGAGAUUUGCAUUUAUAUCCUGCCCUUCUCCGAAGACUCAGGGCGGCUUACACUAUGUCAAGCAAUAGUCUUCAUCCAUUUGUAUAUUACAUACAAAGUCAACUUAUUGCCCCCAACAAUCUGGGUCCUCAUUUGAACUGCCAAAUUGCAGUCAGCCAGCAGUCAGCAGAAGUAGCCUGCAGUACUGUACUCCAACCCAGGGGUGUCAAACUCAAUUUCAUUGAGGGCUGCAUUGAGGGCCACAUGUGUUUGACUCGGGGUGGGGGAGGGGCGGAAUGGGCAUGGCCAGUUCAACAACACGGAUGCCUGUGAUGGCCCAAGCACUCUGCCGGAGAAAACAGGCUGAGCUCCAUUUUCGGCUGUGAUGGCCUCCUGCAACCCUCUGCCAGCAAAAAUGGAGCUCGGGAGGACCUGCAUGCAGCCCUCCCAAGCUCCAUUUUUGCUGGCAGGGGCAUCACCAGCCAGUCCCUCACUGUUUCCAGGGCGGCACCACAGGCCAGAUCUAAGCACUCCGCAGGCUGGAUCCGGCUUACAGGCCUUGAGUUUGACACCCCUGCUGGAUCCAGCUCAUGGGCCUUGAGUUUGACACCCCAGCUACCAUGGCUCUUUUCAAUAUUAUUUUUUCAAUUGGAAAUAGCCAUGCUAAGAAAAUUCUUAACAUCUCACAACAUUAUAUUGUUGUUUUAGUACAUGUAUAUAAUGAUUCAUCAUAUGAAAUGAUUCAGGCAACUCUUAGAAAACAAAGAUGCAUCCAAAACUACUACAGAAUACAUGCUACUCCUUAAUUUUUCCCAAGAAUCUCUAUUUGCCAUGAAGUAAGUUGAAACUGACAAAAGUAAAUGCCAUUCACCACGACAGUUCAAACAACGGACACUUUGAUGUAUGAUUUAACGGAUUCUUGUAAUUACUAAAACAAGGGUGUCAAGUUUUGGCCAGCAGCAAGCAGAGACUAAACACUGGCUUUGUAGGGAAACAUAGACAUGUAUUCUCUCUGCAAGAGGAAAAGGUGCCAGUUAUUUUUGAUAUCAACUAUAAAACAAGUUAAUGAUUAUACUAUUACUAUUAGCCCAUUUUGUGAGGCAACUUCUUUUAAUCAUAUUAAAUAUUGCUCAUAUUCUUUUUUGUUAUAUUGAAACAUGCAGAUAUAUUUUAGGUAUUAUAUUGUGUGAUGCAACAGAAUAUAUGCUGUAUAAACUGCAAUUUCUGACUAUUCUUACCUUUAACUUUUUAUAAGCUACACGGUUAAAUUUGGAGGAUUAGAAGGAAAUAAUACUUCACAUUAGAACUCUUUUCAUUCUGAUGUAUAAGACUGUUGCAGGCUGUCAAUAAGAUUUAUGGAACCUGAAAUGAGUGUGCAUUUAACGUACUAACAAUUAAGGGUACUAGAAAAACAAUACUCAUACAAAAUGCUAGUUUCACUCGCAUUUUAACAAUGUAUUAUUAUUGUUCAAGAUGUUGUUCUGUGUUCAAGACACAGAAUACAUGCAUUCCAUAUUACCAUGUCAUAUCCUAUCUAGAAUUUUACUUUUCAAUCCGAUUCCAAACUAGACACAUCCUACAGUAUGCUUAACUGUAUUUUAUAUGCCAAAGAGAACGUAUUUAAAAAAAUCCUAACAAUCUGUUUAUACAAAUUAGAAAGAUACCGUAUUUUUUGGACUAUAAGACAGACCUGACUAUAAGACGCACCUAAAUUUAGAAGAGGAAAUAACAAAAAAAAGUUUUUGGCCUGCCUUUUUUGGCCCUUUUCCAGUCUUUUAUCGGCCUGUUUCCGGGGCUUUUUUGGCCCAUUUUCAGGGCCUUUUCUGUCCUGUUUUCAAGGCUUUUGGGGGGCUGUUCUCAAGGCUUUUUGCAGCCCAUUUUGGGGCCUUUUUUUGGCCUGUUUGAGGCUUUUGGGGGGGCCUUUUUUUCCAAAAGGCCUCAAAAAUGGCCCCCCAAAGCCUCAACAACAGGCCAAAAAAAGCCUUGAAAAAAGGCCCGAAAACAGGGCGUGCGGAGGCCAAAAAAAAAAAAAGGCUGGUGGUUAGGUGGGUCCUUCAGCAAUAUUCGGUCUAUAAGACACACAGACAUUUUCGGUCCUUUUUGGGAGACAAAAAAGUGCAUCUUACAAUCUGAAAAAUGUGGUACCUUCUGUAUACAGAAGUUCUUUGGAUUCCAGCCUAUGAAUGCAUGAUAGAAAAAACUGGGGGAAAAUUCAGAUACAAUUUUACAACCAGUAUUUUUUAUUCAUAAAU